AUGUCAGGCUGGGAAGUCCGAUUUUCCAAUUCUCGUCAACUCCCUUAUUUCUAUCAUUCCGAAAAAGGAACUUCAACGUGGGAGCCACCUUCUGAACUGAGUCAAGACCAGAUCCGACAACUUCCAGGAGCAUCAAAAUAUCUCGGAGGUGGAGAAGCCAAACCUGCUCCAGGGAAAGAUGGUCAAGUUAGAGCUAGUCAUAUCCUCGCUAAACAUGCAGGUAGUAGAAGACCCAGUUCCUGGAGACAGGAUAACAUCACCAUAACUUCCGAACAAGCUCAAAGCAUAAUCGAAGGUCACAUUAAAAAACUUCAAUCACUUCCACCUUCUGAACUCGCGAAAGAGUUCGCCAAUAUCGCAUCUACCGAAAGUGAUUGUUCAUCAGCCAGGAAAGGUGGCGAUUUAGGAUGGUUCGGAAGAGGUCAAAUGCAGAAACCUUUUGAAGAUAACACUUUCGGUCUCGAAGUUGGACAACUUAGUGAUAUCGUUCAAACUGAUUCUGGAGUUCACGUCAUCCUUCGUACCGGUUAA